GAGGAACAGGAGCGGACUCCUCUGCCUCACGCUGAGCCCAUUCCUGAGAGAGCUUGUGCCUCUGCAGGAUGAAUUCGCUUGUGAAGUGGGGCGUAGGGCUACUUGUGCUCUUCUCCGUGCUCCUCAACCUCGCUCUGAUCGUGAGUUACUCCCGCAGGACGCCCCAGUGCGCGUCCCGGAGCAAACAUGAGCCGCGGGGGAAACAUGACGAGCGCAGCCACGUUUUUGCGGACCUGAGCCGGGACGAGUACACGCAGGUCCAGGAGUACAUGCUCCGACAGAAGGACCUGAACAUCUCCACGCGCCAGAGCACAAGACCGGACGAGAACUUUCUUUUCCUCAUUGACCUGCGCGUGCCACGAAAGUCAGAGAUCCUGGAGUACCUGGACGCGCGCGGCCCUGUCCCGCACAGAAAGGCAACAGUAGUGGUCUUCUACGGCACCAAGGGCUACAUUAAAGAGUAUGAGGUGGGGCCGCUGCCCAACCCCAGCUCCCACCGCGACGUGACGCGUGAGCGCUACGGCGUGGAUCUGCCGCUGAGCGCGCGCACUGUCACCAUUGGAGAGUACAUCCUUAUUUUCCAGUUUCUCGAAAAGAAUGUGUUCCUGCCGCUGUCCAGUCUCCUGUAUGAGAGCUUUGGCCUGGACGAGGAGCACAAAGCCAAUGCGUUCGAACAGAUGCCGCGUGGGAUACGCGCAGGGGAGCGCAAGACUUGGAUCUCAUUCUUCCGUGACCUGAGCGGCAUGUACAUCCAGCCCGUGGGCUUUGAGGUGCUCGUGGACCACCUCAGCACCAACACAUCACAGUGGCGUGUGGAGCGAGUGCUUUAUAACGGUCAGUACUUUCCGUCAGUGGACGCGCUGCAGGACGCAUACAGCGCGGGCACCGUGAAGAAGAUCGUGAAGGCGCCGUGGGAGGACUAUGGCUCCCUGAAGCCCCGGACACGACCCCUGCAGGUCGGACCACAGCUCGUGAGCCCCGAGGGCGCGCGCUACAGCGUGAGCCAUAACCACGUCCUGUACAUGGACUGGAGUUUUGCCUUUGGGCUCAGCUCGCUCACGGGCAUGCGCGUGUUCGACGUGCGCUUCAGGAACGAGCGCAUCCUUUACGAGCUGAGCGUGCAGGAGGCUAUGUCCGUGUACGGCUCAGUGACCCCCGGGCUGGGCAUGACCAAGUUUCUAGACUCCAGUAUUGGCAUCGGGCGAUUCGCACACGAGCUCGUGCGUGGCGUGGAUUGUCCAUAUGAUGCGACAUACGUGGACACGUACAGGUACAUUGACGUCUCACGGCCCUUGCGUUCUCGGAACUCUAUUUGUAUCUUUGAGCUGUACCUGGGCCAGCCGCUGCGGAGGCACUUUGCGGACUUCUUCCACAACAGUUACGGGGGAAUGGCGAACAGCGCGCUCAUUUUCAGGACCAUCACGGCCAUCGGGAACUACGACUACAUGUGGGACUUCAUCUUCUACCAAACCGGCGCAGUGGAGGCCAAAGUGCACGCCACGGGAUACAUCUCCUCGUCUUUCCUCGUGCAGGGCAGUCUCAAACACGGGCACCAGGUGGCACCAAACGUGCUCGGCAACGUGCAUACACACUUCAUCAGCUUCAAAGUGGACCUGGACAUAGCAGGAGGGAAGAACAUGUUCCAGACCAAAGACAUGGAGUACAAGAACGUGUCUCUGCCCUGGAUGCCCGAGCACCACGCCAUGAUCCCUCAUCUGGUGGAGAAGACUCUGCUCACUGAACAGGAGGCUGCUCUGCGACAUGGCACUAAGAUUCCUCGAUACCUACACAUCGCCAGUAACCAGACCAACCGCUGGGGCCACUCCCGCUCCUACAGGCUGCAGGUGUACAGCUUCGCCGGGGACCACCUCCCUGAGAGCCAGCCCGAGGAGAGAGCCAUGUCCUGGGCCAGGUACAAAGUGUCUAUCACCAAACACAAGGACCAGGAGCAGACCAGCAGCAGCCUCUAUAGUCAGAACAACAUAUGGAGUCCAGCGGUGGACUUCAGCACCUUCAUCCAGGACAACGAGAGCAUCCACAACCAGGACCUGGUUGCCUGGGUGACGGCUGGUUUCCUCCACAUCCCUCAUUCGGAGGACAUUCCUAACACUGUUACCGUGGGAAACGGAGGCGGAGUCCUGUUGCGGCCCCAUAACUACUUUGACAAUGACCCGUCCAUUGACUCUCCUGACAGCGUGUACCUGGGCCCGGGCACAGAGAGCAGCUGUGAGAGCAACCGCAUGGCCUGUCUCGCCCAAGAGAGCUGUGCCCCGGGAUUAGAACCAUUCACCUACCACGGCUUUGAAAGCGUCAUGAACUUUAAGGAGGAAUAGAAUGUGUGGACAUGACCAAAAAUGUGAACUAUAUCAUUUUAUAUCGUUAUUUAUGUAAAUUUUAAAAAAGGGAAUCACCAGAACCAAGCACAUAGAUUAGAAGUACUGUCACAUUGUAUGCUGUCCAGAGAUGGCCUUUAAGCAUACAGGGAAUGAAUAUAACUUCUAGGCACAACCAUGUCUUAGUAACCCUCAAUUUACACCAAGGCAGUGACAGUCUAAUUAAUAUGAGCACUGCAGUCACAGCUUGUUGCAAAGCACUGUCCCUCUCGUCAACUUUUGAAUAGUUUUAAAAUGCAGUUCAUCUGACCAAUAAUGAAUGUGUAAGCAUUAUAAAACAUUUUUGUGUUUAAAUGCAAGAAUAUGCAGAGGCCAGGAUUGCACAAGCAGCUCUGUUGCCUCUGGUGUAAAUUGAUGCUUUUAAAAAUAUGUAUACAGUGCUGUGAAAAAGUAUUUGUCCCCUCACCGAUUUCUUAUAUUUUCUGCACCUUUGUCACUCUUAGCUAUUUCAGAUCAAGCAAGCUUAAAUAUUACACAAAGAUAACUCACAAUUAAAAACAAAAUGCAGUUUUAAGUGCCAAUUUUAUUUAUUAAGGGAAAAAAGCCAUCUGAACCUACAUGGCCGAUGUGAAAAAGCAAUUGCCCCUAAACCUAAUAACUGGUUUAAUCACCCUUAGCAGCAACAGCUGCAGUCAAGCGUUUACGAUAACUGGCAAUGAGUCUUUCACAUCACUGUGGAGGAAUUUUGGCCGUUCUUUGCAGAAUUGUUUUAAAUCAGCCACAUUGGAGGGUUUCCGAGCAUGAACUACCUUUUUAAGAUCAUGCCACAGCAUCUCUAAUGGGUUCAGGUCUGGACUUUGACUAGACCACUCCAAACCCCAAAUUUUAUUUUAUUUUUUAAGCCAUUCAGAAGUGGACUUGCUGGUGUGCUUUGGAUCAUUGUCCUGCUGCAGAACCCAAGUGUGCUUCAGCUUGAGGUCACAAACAGAUGGGCAGAUAUUCUCCUUCAAGAAUUGUUGGUAAAGAGCAGAGUUCAUGGUUCCUUCAAUCACAGCAAGCCGUCCAGGUCCUGAAGCAGCAAAGCCCAAACCAUGACACUACCACCACCAUGUUUCACUGUUGGCAUGAUGUUCUUUUUAUCAAAUGCUGUGUUCAUUUUACACCAGAUGUAACAUCAUUUCAUCAGUCCGCAUAAUAUUUUCCCAAAAGUUUUGGGGAUCAUCAAGAUGUUUUUUGGCCAAUAUGAAAUGAGCCUUUACGUUUUUUGUCAGCAGUAACAUUUGACUUGGAACUCUGCUAUACAUGCCAUUUUUGCCUAGUCUCUUUCUUAUGGUUGAGUCAUGAACACUGACCUUUACUGAGGCAAGUGAGGCCUGCAGUUAUUUAGAUGUUGUUCUGGAUUCCUUUGUGACCUCUUGUCGUUGCUGUGCUCUUGAGGUAAUUUUUAUAGGCCGGCUACUCCUGAGAAGGUUCACCAUUGAACUGUGCUUUCUUCAUUUGUGAAUAAUGGCUCUCAUCGUGGUUCGCUGGAGUCCCAAAGAUUUAAAAAUGGCUUUGUAACCUUUUCCAGACAGAGACAUGUCAAUUACUUUUCUUCUCAUCUGAUCCUGAAUUUCUUUGGGUCACGGCAUAAUGUCUUGGGUUCAAUAUGGCCUACUUCACCUUGUCACACAGGUUCUAUUUAAGUGAUCUCUUGAAUUGAAAGGUCUGGGAGCAUCAGGCCUGGGUUUGGCUAUGAAACUGAACUCGGUGUUCCAGAAUAAAAUCAUUAAUCACAUAUUAUUCACAAGGGGGGGCAUAUUAUAACAAGGGGGGCAGUUACUUUUUCACACAGGAUCAUGUAGGUUUGGAUACUAUUUUUCUCUUAAAAAAAUAAAAUCAACACAGAAAAACAGCAUUUUAUGUUUACUUGGGUUAUCUUUGUUUAAUAUUUAAAUUUGCUUGAUGAUCUGAAACAGUUAAGUGUGACACACAAGUAAGAAAACAGGAAGGGGCUCAUACUUUUUCACAGCUCUGUAUAUGCAAGGCACAUUUUUACUGGUUGCUGCAGCUCCAGAUGUAAGUUCUGGGUAAAGUAACGGGCUUUAGAGGGCUAGUCCUGCAAAGUCCACACAGAAAGGCUGAGCGCUGGAAUUGAUAUCAGGGUGUUUUUGUGUGACAUAUGAGCACUGUCCAAAAAAACAAAACAAAAAAAGAACAUAUAUAUAUAUAUAUAUACAGGGAGACUUUGAGCUUACUGAUGCGCUGAAACUAUGGACCUGUUUUGUCAGUAAUCCUUCACAUGAUGAUUGAAAUAAGUAUCUACCCAUGAAUACUGUUACUGACAGGUCUAUCACUGAGUCUGGAGUAUGGAGAUCGGCCAAGGUAUAUGAGAGUGACAAGAUGCUGUGAGCUGUGAAACUGAAAUGAGGUGUGAAACUGAGCUGAGAUACACUGAAAUGAAUACUCUUGUUUCUUCUUAAGGGCACUGUAGUCUAACAGAUCUUUUUCUGUGUUAAAAAUGUGAACAAAAGAACUAGUUAAUUUUAAAUGAUUGCAACAACUAGCAUGCACGUCCUGAUUCUUGGACAGGAAAGCACACGUUAAUCAGAUGUAGACAGCUGACUCAUUUUGACUCGAAGAACUGCUUGGGGGCAAAAAAAUUUUGCUCAAAUACAUGGAAAAAUUCAGGUAUAGUGCCUUUAAAGAGGGAGUUUUAUGCAAAAUAUUUUUUGGCGCUUUCUACCAUGUUGAUCCCUCAUCAAAAGCAAUGCCUGAAGAGGUUUUAGAUGUUUCAGAAUUGUAUUGCUCUGUCCCAGGCCCAUCCAAAUGCUCCUUGCGGUUAGCUGUAAGAUUUUUGCAAUGCUCCGCCCACAAGCCUACAUCAUCCAUGCUCCCACACAACAGUUCGCCAAGAAUUUACAAGCAUGAUACAAAACAAUACAUGACAGUUUUACAAACCUAAUGCAAUCUGCAGUAGUUUAAUUAGUAAAAUCAUGGCGAUUGUAAUUUGAUAAUGCUGUGAAGGAGGAAUAACUUUGACUCAGUGUCAAAAAUGAAAGUGAAACAUAUUAAAAAUGUUAAUACAAUGUUUUCACUGAUUUUCAAAACAAUAAAAGGCAACAUGGUGAUCUAAAUAUUUUAUGUUAGUAGUUAAUAUGGUAUAGAUGUGAAAUACCCCCUCUUUAAUGAACUGUGUGAAGAACUGUGACCCUUUGAGGAUACUCAAAACAAAACAUGAGUAUGAUGACAACCAAGAACCCAACUCGACACAGAACAUUAGCCCCUGUUAUCAGCAUAGACAAAUGAUAAGCUGUAGUUAAAAUAUGUUAUACAUGUAGUGGAAAGACUGAUGUUGUUCUGUCCACUUAGAAGCAGUUAUGGACAUGUCUCAUUACAUAUGUAUUCAUAUGUAAUAUGAAUAUUCUUUACAACAUUAUGGUUCUUUUCAAUCCCUGCGAAGAGCAUUUUAUGUACAAAUCAUGUUACAGUAAUGUUGGCUGUGUUGCUAUCAUUAAAAUUAAAUUUUGAUAUUUGUC